AUGUCUCUUUUCACACCCGUCAAUCAGAAAAGAUUAACAAAUGUCUCUGUUGUGCGCCUCAAAAGAAAUGGAAAUAGAUAUGAGCUGGCUUGCUAUCCCAACAAAGUGAAGGCAUGGCGCGAAAAUCUUGAAAAAAACAUUGAUGAGGUGCUACAAGCCCAUGAGAUAUUUUUUAACGUUUCAAAGGGACGGUUAGCUACAAAAGCUGAUCUGAGCAGUGAUUUUGGCACGGAAGAUGUCGACUCCAUUAUACGUACCAUCUUAGAUGAGGGUGAAAUGCAAAUCACGGGCAAGGAGCGUAAAGUGGCAAACGAAAGUUUGUUUAGGGAUGUUGCGAAAAUCGUUUCUGAAAAGUGUGUUAAUCCGGAAAAUUACCGGGCGUACACGGUCACCAUGAUUGAGAAAAUGAUGAGAGAUUGCCAUGUGAAUCUCCAACCCAAGAAAAGCGCGAAGCAGCAGGCUCUUGAAGUUAUUCGACAACUUAGGGCAGUUGAAGGCUUUAAGAUAGCCCCAGCCAUGUUGGAGAUUCAAAUUUCGCUUGAUCCAAAACUUGUUGAUGUUGUUUCUUCACACAUUCUCAAACUUGUACACCAUAUUAUUCGUCAGGAGCGUAGUGCUGAAGGAAUCUUCGAGCUUUCGGCGGUGAUCGAACCGGAUAACUACCAUGCUCUUUCCGUCGCUCUUGAUGAACAUGCGAAAAAUAGGUAUUGCAUUGAGAUCAUCGGUCCUGCUCGACACGAUAGCGCUCUUAACUGUAGUAGACUGCCUGUGGCAAAGAAGUCAUGCCCUCCUUCCGCCGCUUCAAUUGCUCCAACUACUACAGAAUCGAUCCCAGAGGCAAGUCCACCAGAGGAACCCCACACCGAUACCGUCGUUUCACCAAAAUCAAUCCUCAAAGAGGAUGCUGACCCGGAGGACGAGUACGUCCAAGCGUUGAAAAACACGAAGCAAACGAAGAAACACAAGCGACUCAAAAAUAAGAAGGCCCAUGGUGACUAUGAACGGAACGAAGGAGAUGUUUAA